AAUGAUACCACGUCAUAAGAAAUGUCAGCUGUGGGUCAGGUGAAGAUUUUCCUCAAUAGGAAAAUUUACCCAUUUUCCUCCCUAAAAGUCCACGAAUCCCACAAAUUACUAUGUUAACCACGAGAGGAUUGAAUUACAUUCUAGCACCAUUUAGUGUAGGUAGCAAAAUUGUGAGAUGUCAGGGUGUUUGCUGUACAAGGAGUUUUUUCGUGGAUUAUCAGAGUGACUUUGGGAUAUUUAGUGUAGAAAAAAACAAGUACAAACAUCUCACGAGGUCACUGUCGACGAGAAGAAGUGUCAGAACAACGGAUUUGGGUGAUACCAGAAUCAGUGAGAAAGCAGGCAAAAUGGCCAGUAAAUUCAAUUUGAGUGAUUACGACUUUGUGGGCUUUGAUCUCGAUAACACUGUACUGAGGUACAAUAUUCGCAAUGUGGUUGAGAUGGAGUAUCAGCAGUUGGCCAAGUACCUCGUUAACAAGAAAGGUUAUAGCGCCAAGUUGCUGCAUCAAACCCUGGAGGAUGGUGUGGAUUUUCUGCAAAAGGGUCUCGUUCUGGACUGCGAAAAGGGGAAUAUUCUUAGGAUUUCACGCACAGGAACUGUCCUCAGGGCAGCUCAUGGCUCGCGCUUUCUCACAGAUGACGAAAUUAUUGGGUACUAUGGGCCAGAGAAACGCUGGAGCCUUAUAGAGCAAUACAGCUCAAAUAUUCUGGAUAUUUGGAAUGGUCCAGUGUCCAUGAAGUUGCGGAAUCUACUAGAUUACUUCGACAUGCCCGUGUCCCUUCUGUUUAGUCGUAUUGUAGACACCAUUGAUGCUGAACAUGGUAAGGUUCAAUCUAAAUACUCUGUCUGGCCAGAUAUUCUUUCUGGGCUUGUGCACAUCUAUUCCCGGGAACACUUCAAAAGUGGCGUUAGUGAAUACUUCAAUCUGAUCAAAGCACAUCCCGAGAAGUAUCUCCUCAAAACCAAUCCCAGUAUCAUCAAGUGGCUUAGAGAGAUCAAACGCACAAAGGCUACUUUCCUCCUGACCGGAUCCAAUACGGAUUUUGCCGAUUUCACAGCCAACUACGCUCUUGGGGAUCAAUGGCGAGAUCUCUUUGACGCGGUGAUUUGUUUUGCCAGGAAGCCGGCUUUCUUUUCCGAUCGUAGACCCUUCCUUGAGGUUUCUGGGUACGAAGAAUGUGGUCCUGCGGACGUGAAUAACUUGCGCCUUGGUCAGAUCUAUACUCAGGGAAAUGCUACUGAUCUCGUGGAGAUGCUGAAGCAGAAGAAUCCAGUGGAUAAUCCAAAAGUCCUGUACGUUGGAGACAAUCUCAUUCAGGAUGUAUUUGCACCAUCCACAAUCUGCGGAUGGGAUACUGUGGCAGUCAGUGAGGAAUUGAAUCACAGAGAACCCGAUGAGAAACUCAUCAAAUCAAACUGCUGGGAUUCUUACUUCAGCUGUGGUGGUCAGAAGUCUUUCUGGAGUGAAAUCAUUGAGAAGCAUUCAAAGAUUUGUAUUCCCUCUUUGGAUGUUCUUGCCGAAAAACCCUUAGACUACUCCUAUCCAGCUUUUGGGGAUGACUCUGAGACACGAGGCUAUCACAAGUAGAACUUGAUCCCUCUUAUGAAAAUCCUUGUUUUUUUUCUCUCAAAGAUGCCCAUUGGGAGCCUCCUAGAAGCUCAAUUUUCUGGCUCUUCUCGCCGCCAGAAGAAUCCUAGACAUCAAAAGAAAUCCUUCAAGCAACUGCGCAGCCAUCGUUACCAACAGGAAAUUCUCAGAGAGCACAGAUUAGCUGAAUCUACUUCCACUGGAAAAAUUUCAGAAAUUGAAUGCAAAAACCCUAGCAAUAAAACCAAUAAAACGGAUUAAAAAUCAA